AUGACCUAUAUGAACAACUGGAGACGGAAAAAGAGGGUGACGCAGAACACUGGAGACGUCAGUGGAACUGGGAGCAGCUUGAGGUUAUCUGCUUUUGGUCUGUCCUGGGUCAGGUUUCGGGUGUGAACGGGUUUACAGUGAGUGAAAGAAUACAUUUAUAGCUAUGAAAGUAUAUACUUUUGACCCUAUAGUUGAUUAUACCGAGUUGUAACUACAAAAGACUGGUCAAAGCAAACGAAAACCAUCUUUGAAAAGAUCACGCCGCCCAAGACCAAGGAAUCGAGGUAAUAGGACAUCUCUUUUAUUUCUCGUCUUUGUUGUUGUUGUUGUUGUUGUUGUUGUUGUUGUUGUUGUUGUUGUUGCUGUUGUCGUUCUUUUCGUCGUCGUUUUUAUGUAGCAGUUCUGUUCUAUCAAAUUCAUGUUCAUUUUUCACCGAUUUACCUUUUCAGGUAAUCGAUCAAUUCAUUUAUGGGAGUUUCUGAAGGAGACGCUGAACAACAGCGAAAAAAAUAAAAGUUAUAUUAAAUGGAUAAGCAAGAGGGAAGGAAUCUUCCAACUUGUCAACUCUAGCGGAGUUGUAAAACUAUGGGGCCAAAGGAAAAACAGAAAAAAACAUGACUUAAUACGAAAAGAUGAGUCGUGCACUAAGGUAUUACUACGAGGAUAUCUUGGAACGUGUUCCAAAUGCUCGCCUCAUUUACAAGUUCAGUGGUAA